CCCCCCGCCCGGCUGCUUCGCAGAAGAGACGAGCGGAGCCAACCCCCGCAAGAUGAGCUCCGAGAAAACAGGCUUACCGGACUCUGGCCCCCACACCUCCCCCCCUCCCUACAAUGCCCCACUGCAGCCGCCCCCUCCCCCACCUGAUGCCCCCAAUAAUGCCCCCCUCUUCCCCGGCUACAGUGACCCCCCGCACCUGCCCCCCCACUCUGGCAUCGCCACCCUGCCUCGCCUCGGGGGGGCGGCCACCCUGCCCCGGCCGCCCCCCACCUCAGCCACCCUGCCCCGGCCCCCCCACCACCACUCGGCCACCCUGCCGCGGCUGCCCCCCGACCCCUACAUGCAGGAGACCCAGUUCAGCGCCCCCCCACAGGGCUACAUGGUCCCGACGCACCCGCCCAUGGGGACCCUGCCCAUCGGGGGGUACAUGCACCCCGGCUACCCUGUGCAGCUGCAGCCCUGCACGGCCUACGUCCCGGUGUACCCCGUAGGCACGCCGUACCCCCCCAGCAACCCUCCCCCGCCCCCGGGGGUCUCCCCCCCCCAGAUGCCCCCAGGAAUCGCCAUCCUGGAGCCGCGCCGGCCGCCCCACGACUACCUGCCCAUCGCGGUGCUCACCACCAUCUGCUGCUUCUGGCCCACGGGCAUCAUCGCCAUCAUCAAAGCCGUGCAGGUGCGGACGGCCGUGGCGCGGGGGGACAUCGUCUCGGCCGAGAUCGCGUCGCGCGAGGCCCGGAACUUCUCCUUCAUCAGCCUGGCCGUGGGCAUCGCCGCCAUGGUGCUGUGCACCAUCCUCACCGUGGUCAUCAUCAUCGCCGCCCAGCACCACGACAACGACUGGGACCCCUAGCCCCGCCCCCGCCCGCCGGCCCCGCCCCCGCCCGGGCCCCGCCCAGCUCCACGACGACCACGGGGACCCCUAGCCCCGCCCCCGCCCCGCCGGCCCUGCCCACCGCCCGGGCCCCGCCCAGCUCCACGACGACCACGGGGACCCCUAGCCCCGCCCCCGCCCCGCCGGCCCUGCCCACCGCCCGGGCCCCGCCCAGCUCCACGACGACCACGGGGACCCCUAGCCCCGCCCCCGGCCCCGCGCCCGGCCCCGCCCCCACCCGCCGACCGGGCCCCGCCCAGCACCACGACGACCACGGGGACCCCUAGCCCCGCCCCCGGCCCCGCACCCGGCACCGCCCCCACCUGCCGACCGGGCCCCGCCCAGCAUCACGACGACCAUGGGGACCCCUAGCCCCGCCCCCGCCCCGCUGGCUCCGCGCCCCCCCUGCCCUGCCUGCCAACCAGGCUCCACCCACUGCCGGGCCAGCCUAUGAAUCAGGCCCCGCCCACUGCUGGCUCCAAUCACAAACCAGGCCCCACCUACAGCUGCCCCUGCCCCCCAAUCAGGCCCUGCCUACUGCUGGCCCCGCCCACUGGUAGCCCCACCUGCCAACCAGGCUGAUAAUCCCCUGCGGAUGCCAUUACCCACAAUCCUCUGCAGCCAUUGCCAACAUGACCUGGCAUCCCUUGCAGCCAAUGUUACCCACAAUCCCUUGCAGCCCCCGCCCACCGGACCCACAGUCCCCUGCAGGUAUUGUCCCCCCAGGAGACCCAUGAUGCUUUGCAACCCCUGCUCCAGCCAGCAACACCCAGAAUCCCCUGCAGCCACCACCCUCUGGGAUACCCAGGAGCCUUUGCAGCCUCUCCUGGCUCCAGCCCAUAAAACCCGGCCCUGCCCCCCAGUCACCCCUGUAUCCAUGACAACACCCCCCUUCCGAGCAGAGUCUUUCCCAUGAUCCUUUGUAACCAUUGCCCCCCAUCCCUCCCCACAGGCAUCUUUGGCUCUGCCCCCUUGGCAGCCCCACAGCCCGCCCCAACUAAGCAAUUCCCAUAAUCCUUUGCAACUAUCAUUUUCCCGUCAGCACCUCCGGCUCUGGCCCCGAGGGACAAGCUCCGCCCCCUGGCCUCACACCCUGCCCCUUUGGCCACCCCCUUCAGUGGAAUGCUACCCAUAAUGCUUUGCAGCCACCAUAUUCUCCCCCCAGUCCUGGGUCUGACUCCACGCCCACAUGACUAGGCCACGCCCCAUUGGCUCAGGCCACGCCCCCUGGCUCACCCUAAAUAUAUUCCUGAGCUUCCCCAUCAGACCACGCCCCUUCAUAUCAGGCUCCGCCCCCUCAUUCCCCCUAAUAUCGUCAUGCCUUGAUUGCUCCCCCAAAGCUCCGAUUGGCUUCUCCCCAAUUGGCUCCACCUUCUUCAGGAGUGGCUCUGCCCUCUUUCUUCCCUCUCGGCCUUUCCCCACAGCCCCUCCCCCUUUUAGCCCCUCCCCCAUAAACAUUUUGCUCCAGAUUGGGGGGGCGCAAACCCCAAUAUAUCACAGAGCCCCCAGCUGUACAUAGCAAUGAAAUAUCCCCCUUGCCAAGGUGUGACCCCCAGCAUGAGCCCCCCCAUAUCUGUGACACUGGCCCUUUAAGAUACACAACCCCCCCACUCCAAAAGAGACCUCUCUUUUCCCACGGCCCCCACAAGUGAGUGAUGCCGCCCCUCUGGGACGCCACCUCUGGCCCCCCAUGGUGGGGUUCCUGGUUCAGGGGGACAGAGGGGGCAGGGAGGGGAGAAGUUUGAGGGUCCAGGGGUUUGGGGUGUUUGGAGUCUGGGGGCAGAAUCACUGGGGUGAGGGAGACACUGUUCAUUAUCGGGGUCCCCCUAAGUCACUCCCACCCAACACGCUGCCCCAAAGCCUAGACAUCUGGGGAUCCCUUGCAGUGACCCCAAACGUGAGAGGCGCACUGGGCUAGCGGGGGGCUGCGGGUCGGGAGUGAGGGGCACUGGCAGAGCUUGGGGGGGCGCUGUGUUGUGUGGUCCAUUGUACCCCCCUACAUGGCCCUGGUCCCUUUGGAUCCGGCCCCCCCAGUUCCUCUCCCUGUCCUGGGACACGACGUUUCUGUUUGCAAGUGACCUGGGUUAAUAAAUCUCUAUUGAUAACAACA